GGAAGCGAGAGGGAGGGAGCUGUCCAAAGUGCUGAUCGCCGCCGCCGCCGCCGCCGCCGCCGCCGCCUCGCCCGCCCGCACCAUGCCGCGCUCCUUCCUGGUCAAGAAGAUCAAAGCCGACGCUUUCCAGUCCAGCCCAGUCCCGGCCCCGACUUACCACCCCCUGGAAACUUCGUACGGCCACUUGGAAGGGCCCUUGGAGGCCAGAGACCCCGGGGAGGAGAAUGGAUACCUCCAAGCCUGCCUUACGCCUUCGGGAUACAAGGGUGAAAAGAAGCGCGGCCUCCGUUUGCCCUCCUCAGACCCUGUUUACACCCCCAUCCAUGAAGACUACAGCGACCCCGAGAGCCCCCAGUCCAGCCUCUCUGCCCACUACUUCAAUGGCGAGGCGGCCGUUACGGAAAGCUACUCGAUGGACGCCUUCUUCAUCACGGACGGACGGUCACGGCGGCGCAGCGCGGACCAGCGGCGCGGCAGCCACCGCCACUCCUGCAACGAAUGCGGCAAGAGCUACGCCACCUCCUCCAACCUCAGCCGGCACAAGCAGACGCACCGCAGCCUGGACAGCAAGAUGGCCCGCCGGUGCCCCACCUGCAGCAAAGCCUACGUCUCCAUGCCCGCCCUGGCCAUGCACAUCCUGACCCACAACCUCAAGCACAAAUGCGACGUGUGCGGCAAGGCCUUCAGCCGCCCGUGGCUCCUGCAGGGACACAUGCGCUCCCACACGGGCGAGAAGCCCUUCGGCUGCUCCCACUGCGGGAAGGCCUUCGCCGACCGCUCCAACCUCCGGGCCCACAUGCAGACCCACUCGGCCUUCAAGCACUACAAGUGCAAGCAGUGCGAGAAGACCUUCGCCCUCAAGUCGUACCUCAACAAGCACUACGAGUCGGCCUGCUUCAAGGGCGCCGAACAGGACGCCUGCGCCGAGGAAAACUGAGGCACGCGCUCCUGGUGGGCCCAGCCAGGGAACGAGGGGCAAAGAAGACAGCAAGCCAUUGCCUUCAGGGGGAGCAGAGGUGGUCUUGGAAGCGCGGCUUCAAAACAGUGUUGCCAACAUCCAGGUGGGGCCUGGAGAUCUCCUGGAAUUACAACUGAUCUUUGGACAACCGUGGACUCCUUGGCAUCACCUUCCACUAAUAUCACACCUUGCUCUCUGGCGCUCGACUGCUCAUGUCCCAUCUUCCUCAGGCUCCGCCCCCAAACCUUCAGGAAUGUCCAAACCUGGAAUACGCAACCCUACUACAGAGAGACUUGACCAACCGUACGGAAGCCAUUUUGGUAUCGGGACGAGUAUCUUUGGGCAAGCGUCUGCUGUCAACUCGUCCUUCUUGGAAAUCAAGCAGAUCUUUGGGAAGACGUCCGCCAUGGGUUGCCCCGUCGGCUUUUUCACCUGCUGUGACCUUUGCCCUCUUCCUUGUUUCCCCCAUCCUUUUCCAAUAGCAAUAACUCCUCUGGUUGGGCAAGCCGGAAGACUUUCCUUCAGAGGCCUUUGGCUUGUCCUCUCCAGGAGAGCCGCAGAACUUCUUCAGGAUGACUAAGCGAGAGAGAGGGGAAAGGGGGAGGAGCCGUUUCUCUCUCUCUCUCUCUCUCUCUCUCUUUUGGAAAACUCCAGGUGUUAUUUAUUAAUUAAUUUAUUUAAGCUAUUUAUUUAGUGCUGCUCUUCCUCCCCGUUUCGCGGGAGGGACACACAAUCUUCCAGCCCAAAACCCCUGGGAAGCCAAGCUCUUCCGGGGUACGGAGCAAGCGCGGAAGCUGUGAAACUGUUUGAAGUAAGGUGGUAGGGUUAUUGGGGUGUCAGGGAGGGUUAUUGGGGGGAGUGUUCAAGCGACUAGAGCCAGAUGUUGGGGAGGGCGGCGGGUGGGGAGAGAUCAUUUUUUUCCGAACAAAUUGAUCCUUGGGAACAAGGAAGGGAUCGAUACGUUAUGUUUGACACGGGGCACUGGGACUUUCUGUGAAUGGGGAAUCGGGGGACAUACAUUGAGAGGGGGAGAAGUGCCCACAAAAUCUGUGAUGGACGUGACGCAAGACUGCCAGAAAUAGGUAGAAGGAGGCAGGAUAGGGCUACCAGCCUCCAGGUGGGUCCACCAUAUUCAAAAUGUUAUUAUGGGGUGGGUAUACUAUAUAGGUACAGUCAAUGCACUUUUACACCCAAAAAGCUAAUUCAUUUGUCCAGUGAUGGGAUCCAAAAAUUUUAGUAACAGGUUCCCAUGGUGGUGGGAUUCAA